AUGGGGGACUUGGGUUUCAGGGACCUCCGAUGUUUCAAUGUGGCGUUGCUGGAAAGACAAGUUUGGAGGUUGGCUAGCUGCAAAGACACGAUGGUGAUAUCUUUCGGCCAAAGAAAGUUGACAAGUCGUCUUUUACGUGGAAGACUAUUGUUAGAACUGCAUGUAUUUUGCAUGAGGGCUUCAGGUGGAACAUCGAUCUAUCUGAAUAGAAGGGAAGUGCACGAAACUAGGGUCUCUGAGCUGAUUGAUGGGUCGAAUGCUGGCUGGAAGGAGGAGAGGGUUCGGGAGAUUUUCGGUGAGUACAUGGGGGACCAAAUUUACAAAAUACCCACUCUCCAUAGUGGUCUGGACGAUCACCGCAUUUGGUUUCAUAAUCAGCUAGGGUCCUACUCCACGAAAUCCACAUAUUCCUGGAUGACUUUAAAAUAUGUGGGUUUUGGUCCUCAUCAUUUUGCCUGGAGACUCAUUUGGAAGCUUCACACAUUACCAAAAAUCAAGGUUUUCUGUUGGCGAAUGGGUCAUGAUAUUUUGCCAACGUACGAGAACAUCUCUAAAAUCAGAAAGGAUUUUGAUUGCAUGUGCGCGCGUUGUGGGACCGAAAAGGAGACCCUCUUUCAUGCUCUGAAAGAUUGUCCGAAAGCCAGGGCAGUUUUGACGUAUAGGGGGAUUGAUAACGCUCUGGUGGAUGGUCAUUACCGUAGAUGCGUGGACUGUUUCGAGGACGCGGCCCGAUCGCUGGAUAAGAAGGCGUUAUCAAACUUUGUUACUGUGCUCUGGAAUAUAUGGAAUAGCAAAAAUAAUAAAGUUUUUAGAAACACGGAUGAUGAAGCGAGGGUUAUCUGGGAUCGAGCGGCUAUGUUAAAUAAGGAUUUCUGCAUUUAUAAUUUUCUGGAAAAACCGUUGAUCCCCAAAUCGGUCGGGGAGAAAAGGUGA